GCCUGGCCCGCCCACGGCUCCCAACGGUCCCGGGGGAGAUGACGUCACUUCCGGGCGGGGUGCCGGGGCGGUGAGAAGGAAGAAAAUGGCGGCAGCACCGGUUUCGCUGUCGGGCAGGUUCAAGGGAUCAUUUGCAUAUUUUACAAUUAAAGAUAGACUACCCCAGAUCUUAACCAGAGUUAUUGAUACUUUACAUCGACAUAAAAAUGAAUUCUUUGAAAAACAUGGGGAGAAAGGUGUUGAGGCAGAGAAGAGGGCUAUAUCUUUCCUCUCUAAAUUACGGAAUGAAUUGCAAACGGACAAACCAAUGAUCCCUUUGAAUGAUGAGCUCCCUGAUACUCCAAUAUGGAACCAGUACCUAGAAUAUCAAAGAAAUGUAUCAAAUGGAAAUGGACAGCCAAGCUGGUUUCAGUCCCCUUGGCUAUAUGUAGAAUGUUACAUGUACCGUAGAAUUCAUGAAGCACUAAUUCAUAAUCCACCUAUUGAUGACUUUGAUCCGUUUAUGGAAGCAAAGAUUCAAAGUUUUUUUGAAGCCCAACAGGCUAUUAUUGCUGUAUGCACUUACUUGCAGGAACUCCUUAAAAACAUAGAGGACCUAAAUGAAAAUCAACUUAAGGAGGAAUUUUUUAAGCUGUUGCAGGUUUCAUUGUGGGGAAAUAGGUGUGACCUUUCCAUUUCAGCUGGUGAAGACAACUCUCAGAAAUCCAACCUUCUGCAGUCCUUAAAUGAUUUUAAAUCUUUCAUCUUGGUGGAUGACAUGGAAAACCUUUGGUCACUGCUUUUAAAUUCCAAGAAAAGGACAACCACCAAAGAAUCUAUUACAAGAGUUGACAUAAUCCUGGAUAAUGCUGGUUUUGAACUUAUAACUGAUCUAGUACUGGCUAACUUCUUGUCGUCAUCAAAGUUAGCUACUGAAGUCCAUUUCCAUGGAAAAUAUAUUCCAUGGUUUGUAUCGGAUACCACAAAGCAUGAUUUUAACUGGACUCUUAAGCAACUGCAGUCAGCUAAUCAUAUGUGGAUGUCUAGAUGUGGGAUGAAUUGGGAGGGGAAUUUAAAAAAAGGUGUUUGGGUUUACCAUGAUCACAUGUUUUGGACUCUGCCACAUGAAUUUUCUAGUAUGGCUCAGGUUGCUCCUGACUUGUAUGCUGAACUGCAGAAAUCAAGUGUAAUUAUUUUUAAAGGUGAUCUGAACUAUAGGAAACUAACAGGAGAUAGAAAAUGGGAGUUUACAGUUCCAUUUCAUCAAGCCUUGAACAAAUUUCAUCCUGCACCUCUCUGCAGCAUAAGAACUCUAAAAGCUGAAAUUCAGGUUGGUCUGAAACCUGGGCAAGGUGAACAACUUGCAACUUCUGAAUCUGAAUGGAUGAUCAAUGGAAAAUAUGGAAUAAUUCAAUUUGAUGCAUCUGUGUGAUUGUUGUGCAGUUCAUAAACUAUCCAAAGGUUGAUAGGUAGCUUUUUAAAUUGCGCUGUUUCAGAGACAGCUACAUGGGUAUUGACUAUUUCUACUGGUCAGGUUUGGCUUUAAAAAAUCAGUGGUUUUCAGUUUACCUAUUAUGCGUCUUUUGCAAAGUAGCUUGCUAUCGUUUUACGAAGGAUACGGAUGUGCAACAGUUCUUUCUUGCUAACAGAUUAUUAAAAUGUAGAUUAUUUAUCUUACAAAAUGUCAGCAGAAAAUCUCGAAGAUAUGAAUGUGGCUUCAUUUGUUUACAAAAGUUCUUUGUUAUUCAGUAAAGAUCUUUGAAUGCAGGUCUGCUGUAGGGAGAGGCUUCACCUUGUGCUACUCUAGCAGCCUUGGCCAGCAUUUUUAAUUGCUAUGCAUUGCAUGGAAAUGCAUGUUUUUUGGAAUGCAUGAAACUAAUUUCUGGGGUUUCUGCAUCAUUGCAGCCGGGGUCUUAUUUUAAAGCUGUUGAAAUUGAGUUGUCUCUUACAAAUAACAUUUUACAUAAAACUGAUAACCAUUUCUUAUGUUUUGUGUCUGCAAAUAGUUCUGUUUGUUGGCUUUACCAUAAUGAAAGCUUGGUUUAGUCGGCAGUGGAUUAAGGGAGGAUCCUUUGGUGGGAGACAUUACAUCCUACGAAGAAGACAUAAAUGAGGCAGAACCAUAAGACUCAGGUGAGUGUUACUAGACAGCUGUUUGCCUGGAACGUGAGGCCUGCCCCAUUUGUUAUGAAGAGCAGACUUGGAAAUGGGGGAAGAAAGAGUCUGUGUUCGAGUAUGGAGGGAAUUGUUUAUCUGAUUCCGUGAUUGUGUGCAAGCAAGCAUCUUGAUAAAUUCACUCAGUAUUUUAGUGUUGAUCCAUUCUUGUAUUACAGAUGUUGCAUGUAGUAAUGUCUGAUUCCUUCCAUUUUAAGAUCCUGAUUUAUCAUGACUGUCAAACUUAACUAUUUCAGCUGGAAUUGUACUUGCUGUAUCUGCUUCAACUUUUUCAGAAAUUUUCAGCAAAAUUUUUCAAGGUGUGUUAGAAACAGGUUAAAGAGAGAUUUUUUUCCCCCACUUAAUAAAAUCUUUACAUUUUCUGGAGAAUCUGUAAUGUCUCCAUGGUUUGGAGCAAGGACUUGAUCUUUGAUAAAGGGGGUUGCUUUGGUAUGAGUGUCUUGAAUCUUGCUGUCUCUUGGUACUGUUUGGGUAAGUUUUUUCCAAGUUACGAACCUUGAGAAAAAAUGUUUCUGCAUGCUGAGAGGUUGCUUGGGGGCUGCCAGGUAAUUUAUCUAAAGAUUCUAUCUGUCCUGGACGUGCUGCAGCCUGGGAUUGCUGGGUUGCUAUUCCUGUAGUCUCUUCUUGGCAGAUGGAGCUGCUGUUCUAGGAAUGGUAACUGUGCACAAGGAGAAUUUCCUCUCUUUAUGCUGCUGGUGUUUGGAGUGAAGAGGAGACAGUGGCAGAGGACUUUCUGGAAUGCCGAGGAAGUGGAACAGUUAUAUAGGGAUUGAGACAUGGACCUGCAUGUGCGUGUGCAAGUGAGGAAGGAUUGGGACAAGAACAAACUGGUAGGGUCAGUGACAGAAAGGACAGAGCAAGAAGAAGAAAGUGUGUCUUUUAAGGUUUGUAAUCUCUACACUGUCCUUAAAAUUUGAAAUAGGACAUGAAAAUCCUGUAGUGUCAUAGAGCAUUGAAACCUACUGAUCAGUUGUGAAUUACCAUGUUGAAGUGUGACAGUGAUACUGUGGAUCAGAAUGUUCAAACUUGUCAUUCACAUAAUCAUUCGCAAUGACUGUCAUGGGAUUUUGGUUUUUGCAGGUAAUUAAAAAAGAAAAAAAUUUGAAGGAAUCCUAAAAUUGUAAACUUCAGUAUUCAGAAUUUUUAAGAUUUGAGAGAAGGAUGGUCUAGAAGUUAAGGUACUAGCCCAGACAUAGGAAAUCGGGUUGAAAAUUUCUGGCACAGAUUCUUCUGUGCAGCUGGGUUGAUAUUUAAAUUUCCUAGCUGUAAAUUGGGGGUGGACGUAGUUCUUCCUUAUCUCUCAGGUGCUACGAGACAUUUGUUAUACUGGUCCAAAAAGUAGGGGGUGCACAAUUAUGGGGAUUGUAAUGAGUGGUGUCUUGCAUCGAAUUAAGUUCAUGUAUAACAUUCUUUUACCGGUUUGUGCAAAUGCAAUGUGAUGUGGGCUUUAAUGAUGGCAGCCCAGAAACCUACUCCAUUCAUUGUUACUGGUUAGUGUUCUUCAGUGUCUUAGUUUAGUUGGAUUUACAAGGAAAACUAAAACAAUCCGUAUAAGUUCUGUCAUAAAUAAAAAGGGACCUAGGAAGGAAGAAGUUGGGCUGCCAUACACUGAAGAUGUGAUGGAAGUUGAGGAUAAUGUAGGAAUAGUCCAAAUAGUGAAUUAAUACCUUGUCUGAGUCUUCAGUAAGGAUGAAGACAAUGGUAGAGUACAAAUUAGGAAUGAGGUUUCUGUAAUAAAGCUUGCUCUGCCUGGGUUGGAAGCAAAGCAUAAAUUGUGGACUGUGAUUAAAUACAGGGCUCAAGAGAAUAUCUAUCCCAAAGUAUUUGAGGAACUGGUAUGCCCUAGAGUGCCCUUCGGACAUCGCGUUUCAACUAAUAUGUCAAUUUGGAACUAGUACCCUGACUGGAGAACAGUAAAUAUAUGUAUAGUCAAAAAAGGGAUGUAGACAUUUAAAGGCACAUUCGUUUGACUUCAGUAUCCUGCAGGGUCUUAGAACCAAUAAUAUUAUUCUUCAGGAAAGAAGAAUCAAGGAUAUGGAGGUAAACAAAGAAGGGACAAAAACACAACAUGGGUUUAUCUAAAGAAAGUUUUUGCAUCAGAUUAAUCCAAUAUCCUCAGACAAAGGACAAUGCAGUGAACCCAGUCGAGUUUUAAACUAAGUAUUACAUGCUGCCCUGCCCUAAGUUAUUAGCUAACCUGAAGAAGUUUGCAGUUAAUAUCAUAAUUACAAGGUGGAUAAGUCCUUGUCAUGAUCUCUUUUAGCAAGGUUAUAUUAAAAAAAUGAGCUAUCACAAGGCAAAGAGGCUAGUAGUAGUGGUGUUCUUUAGGGAUCAGUCUUUGAACCAGUUCUUUUUAUUUUCAUUAGACCUUGAUGCAGGAGCUAGAUAAGUCUAUGUGAUAUGUGCACAUAAUAUUAAGCUGUAGUUAUUGCCAAUCUUAAGAAGAAUUAGAUUGCUGCAGAGGAAGACUUGGAUAAACCCUAUAGAGCUGAGUAGUAAAUACUGUUAUGAAUGUCAGUAGUGUGAAGUCCAAAGUCACGCAGUUAGGAACAAAUAGGAAGAACUUUUGUCUGGAGGCCACAUAGGAUGAGAGGGAGCUGGGUGUACCAGUUAAUACUAGAAAGACAUGAGCUGUCAGUAUAACAUGGCUGUUGAAAGGGUAAAUGCAGUUCCAGCAUGCAUUAGGCAUAGGAUCUUUAUCGGAGAAAGUUACCUUGUCAAGUGGUAUAAAUAGUUAUUAGUAAGACCCCUACUUAGAAUAUUAUAUAUGCUCAUAUGUCUUGCAUUUAAAAAAGCUGAAUUUUACACUGAGCAAGGAAGGAUACCAGGAAUAAAAGCAAAAUAGAAAGCUGAUAGUGUAAGAGGAAAUUAUUAACUUGAUUUGUGUCAGCUUAGCCAAGCUAAGAGGUAGGGAGGGGAUAAGAUUACUUUCCUUUUUUUAAAUAAAAGUCCUGAGCAGGAUGUAGGGAAGGAACAAAUUAUUUAACUUUAAAGAACAAAACAGUAGGUUCUGGAUAUUGGCAUAGUCCUUUCCCCUGACAAUUAGGGCAAAUUGAGAACUAGGCAAACCCCCCCCCCCCCCAAAAACAACAAACCAACCCCCCCCCCCCCCAAAAAAAAAAACAACAAAAAAAACCCCAAACCAAACCAAACAAAUGAAAAACCAAGCAGGUUGUAUAAUUACAAGAAACAGCUUUGAUACAGCUUAAUGUAAUUUUGAAAGGCUUUAAAUAAAGUGCUGCAGGCAACAAAGAAUAUAGGUUUGUUGUUGUGUUUUAUUAUAAUGCAGCAGCACAAUAAACAUCAGAGCAAAAAAACCCCUCAAACACUCGUCUUAUGAAAACAGCAUAAACAACAGCAACAUACACAACUCCCUGAGAGAACUAUGAAACAGCAGAACAGGGAAGACAGUUUUAAAAAGCAAAACAAGCACAUGGUCUCAUGCAACUGAUAUCUUGGCUUUUCUGUGAACAGUUCCUUUCUCAACCACAUCGUUUUAUCUGAUAAAAAUAGCCAAAGUCUUCAUAGAGAUUUGCUUCCACAAAUUGGCAAAGUGGGUUUAGAGCUUUACAUGCGUCACUUGCUGAGGUGGAUAGUCAGGUAUCCUCUCUGUCAAUAACCUUUUGUGUCCAUGUCUCCUCCUGAAGUAUACAUCCAUACAUCUUCAUCAGUUGGUGUCCUCCAGUAGGCCAGGUCCUUAUUAUGGGAAAUCGAGUAGGUAAAUUCUUAAUAUGUGUUCUCCUGACACAGCCAAUCUGCAUCCUUGUUUGUGCCACCUAGUCCUUGGUCUUUAUUUGUAACACAAUGAACACAAAUCCUGCCCAGCAAAAAAAAGUUAGCGAUGGUACCUUGUUUUAUGUUUUUCCAGGCUUUGUUGAGCAUAUGUUUUUAUUGUUGUUGGGUUUUUUGCCGUUUUAUUGUCACUAUUUAUGAACUGGUGUCUUAAUUCUCUGUAUAGUGUGGGCUUGGUAGUGUUCCUUAAGUUUUUAAAUGACUGGCUACAUGGCUGAAUAGUUGGGACGGAAGUGGGGAGCAGAGAGGGGGAAUCCUUCUGAGUCUUAGGAGGAUUACCUUGGUGGGUAAUUGAUUGCUUCGGCAAAUGGAAGGAAGUUGUAUCAUUGUUCAUAUUAUGGUCUCUCAGCUAGUCUAGGAAAGUUUCUGUCAGUAAUCUACAAGUUUGUUUCCUCUGUAAGUGACUGGUUUUGUUGCUUUUGCCAACAAGUAGCUACUGUUUCAUAGUUUGUAUGGUUGGAAGGGACCUGAGCAGGUCAUCAAGUCCAACACCCUGACAUGGCAGGAAAAGAGUACUGGGGUCAAACGACCCCGGCAAGGUGUUCAUUUAGCCUCCUCUUAAAGACCCCCAGGGUAGGAGCCAGCACCACUUCGCUUGGAAGUUGGUUCCAGCUCGUAGCCGCCCUGUUUGUGAAGUAGUGCCUCCUGCUGUCUAGUGUAAAUAUAGCCUCUGUCAGCUUGUGACAGUUAUUUCUUGUCACUCCUGGGAGUGCUCGGGAGAACAGGGACUACCCCAAUGCCUGUUGGUCCCCCCUGACUAGUUUGUAAAUGGCCACUAGAUCCCCCCUCAGCCUUCUCUUAUGGAGGUUGAACAGGUUCAGGUCCCGUAGCUUCUCCUUGUAGGGCCUGCCCUGCUGACCCCUGAUCAUGCGGGUGGCCCUCUUCUGGACCCUCUCCAUGCUGUCCACAUCCCUCCUGAAGUGCAGCGCCCAGAACUGGACUCAGUACUCCAACUGCGGCCUGACCAGUGCCGCAUAGAGGGGGAUGAUCACCUCCUUGGACCUGCUCGAGAUGCAUCUGUGGACGCAUGACAAGGUGUGGUUGGCCUUCCUGACCGCGUCCCCACACUGUCGGCCCAUGCUCAUUUUGGCAUCAAUAAUGACUCCAAGAUGACUUUCUGCCUCUGCACUGACAAGAAGGGAGUUCCCCAGCCUGUAGGUAUGCUGCUGGUUCUUCCUCCUCAGGUGCAGUACCUUGCACUUGUCAGUGUUGAAACCUAUCCUGUUCUCAUCCGCCCACCCUUGUAACCUGUCUAGGUCCGAUUGCAGCCUGUUCCUCCUUUCUAGCGUGCCCACUUCCCCCCAUAUCUUAGUGUUGUCUGCGAAUUUGAACAAGGUGCUUUUUACCCCCUCGUCCAAGUUGCUGAUGAGGAUGUUGAAUAGUGCAGGUCUGAGGACUGAGCCCUGGGGGACCCCACUGCCCACAUCCCUCCUGGUUUGUCUGUCCCUGCCAUGUUACAGGCUUCUAGCCUGGUCAGUCUGUUCUUUGCCUUUUUAAAGCUGCUGUUUGUCCUAUUUUUAAGGUCAGUGAUCUAUCUGGAACAGCUGUAUAGUAAAUGCCAUGUCUCGUAUGUAUUGCAUAUGUUUUCAGUCUUGUGUGCUUUAAGAAUGUCUGGUAGAACAGGUAGGAUGUAAGGUAGCAGUUCAGUUCUUGGCAGCGAAUAAGUGGUGCCUCCUUUUCCCCUAUCUUGUCAUUUUAGAGGUGAUGCCAUUGCAUUCCUUCCUUCAAGAAAGCCAUCCUUUUGUUGGAUGAAAGUGCUUGUUGUGCAGGUGCUGAGCUAUGUGUUUUGCUUCUUCCUUGGUCCAGAUGUGGGAAUUUUUCUAGCUCUUGAAUUUCCAAACCACAGUGACAAAGCUAUCUUGGCAUCUGCAGCCUUGCCUGUUCUCUGCUGUUUUGUCUCAUGCCUGCUGAAAACUUCAGUCUGUCUUGGCAGCACGCUUAGUAUUUUAUAAUCCACUUGUACCUGGCUGGAGGGUCUUGUUUAUACCCUCAGGGUCAAAGCUGAGUCAACAAAGAAUUUUUCCCCUAGAUCACAUGGGCCAAGGACUGCUUUGCUCGGGAGCACUGGGGCAUAGUCCCUGUACUAGGAUCAUCUGAGCCUGUAUUAACUUAAGGGCAGUGCCACUUAAUUUAUCAUUUCUGUUUAUUGCCUGUGGGAUGUAGUUGUGUGUGUGUUUUCGUGCUUUUUUUUCCCGCUUUGAGGCUGUGAGCUGUGUGUUGGGGGGAAAUAUAUAGAUUCCCUUAUUCGUUAUAAAAAUUCAAAUGACAGAAGAUGAAGCAGAAGAAAAUUGCUUUAGUUUUACUCAGGACUUCUGGGCUGUUAAAAGAUGCAAGUAAUAUUUUAAGACAAAUGGAUAACAAGCAUUCAGAAAAAGGAUUUCUGUAAACACUGAAAGGCAGAAGUAUAUCCUUAUACCAUUUUGGUUUUGUUUUUAUUUGAAUUGAGGAUUUUUCAGGUCUCUUUCAACAGACAAACCUGCUUCACUAGAGUGCAACCUAGAAGGGUCAUAGUCCUUUGAGUCUUAUCAACUCUAAAUCCUCUAUUAUAUAUAUAAUUUCCCCCCAACACAGAGAAAGAUAGAGUCCCGAGUAGAACUUAAGCAAUUUUCUUCUGCCUCACCUUCUGUCAUCUGAAUGUUUAUAAUGAAUAAGGGAAUUUAUCCAUCUCCAAGGUAUAAGAAGUCAAUUCCAUUUUUUAAAACAAGUGUUCUAAGUCAGACUUCUUCAUUUUUCUUGAAGGCUUUGUUGUGAGAAGUAAGAAUGGCCACUCUAGAUCAAGGUUCAGUUUGUUGCGACUUUAUGCAUCUUCUGGAAAUCACUAGAUUAGAAUAUCAUUUAUAAAAACUUCCUCAAAUAUGAGAAUAAAGUAUAAUAUAACAUCUUCUUAAAAUGUCUUGCUGCUGGAGUAUGGGAUUUUUUCUGUAACUUAUGAUAUACUUGAAUUUCCUUUCUGUCAAAACAUAUAUGUAGCAAUGUCUUUUAAAAUUUAUUCAUGGUUCUUUUAAUAAACUCUAUCUAACUUUCGACCAAAACUCUUAACUUUAGCAUUUUAAAUGGUUGCAAAACCAAAAUGUUAUGUAGGCUAAAAGAUUUUAACUGAAAAUUGGAUUUUAGGAUACAGCCUUGAAAACAAGUAGUAUUACUUUAAAGCUGAUCCACACUGGAUAAAUUUUGUCUUAUUUUCUUUCUGUACCAAACCUUGUCCCAUUUGGCAAUACUUUAUCUCUAGAAUUGUUUCACUUUGUUAUUUAAGAUGCAAAGAAUUCUGGAAAUGUAUACACAGGAAUGUAUAUUUUAAGUUUUAAUGUUAAUACAGCUUGUAUUUAACAUAAUGAAGGCUGUCUUUCAGUAUCCCUGAGACUUUUUCUAGUGCAAGCUUGUGUUUAUGCCUUCCCUCUUUGUCACAGAAUAAAAUAGUAACUUUCAAAUUCUUGGAGGAGGGGGAGAGAGAGUUCUUCACUUUCUGUACCUGCAAAAAGCAGUGCAUGGUUUGGGAUCUCCCUGUCAUCUUUUGGUGAAAAUUAAUGCAAUGAAAUUGAGUAUGCUAUGGAGAAACUCAACUCUCCUUUUUUGUUCUAUGUAUAACUUUCAAACAGUCGCAUUUCCUGUCACUGGUUUCUGAGCUCUACUAUACUUAAUUUAAAUUAAGAAAUGUAAAGAAGAAAUACUAAUCUUGAUUUGUCUCCUGUAUUUUGCUUGCCAUAAUAUGUUCUUUCUAUAGUUUUUAACAAGGCUGGAUUUCCACUUUUGAAA